CUAUAAAAAAAAAGCAAGGGGAGAAAUUGGUCUAGUCUUCAGAUUAUCAGGCACAGAUCGGAACUCGGUAGACAGCGAGUGGAAGAGCGAAUUCGCCGGAGAGGGAAGAAACGGUAUCAAUCUCUAAUAUCGCAUUAAGUUUUCUAGCUCCGGCUACCAGAUCUCCCCGUAACCAUGACUACAUCAAGGCGCCUUGCUGAUAGGAAAGUUGAGAAGUUCGAGAAGAACAUUACUAAGAGAGGAGCUGUUCCUGAAACAACUACUAAAAAGGGAAAGGACUAUCCUGUUGGCCCUGUUCUCCUUGGAUUCUUCAUAUUUGUUGUCAUUGGAUCAUCUCUAUUCCAGAUAAUACGGACAGCAACAAGUGGGGGCAUGGCAUAAAUGUAGACAAAGACGUCGAGAAACGGAAAGAUGAUGUUAGUCUGUAGUUGAUAUAUGAGAAAUACUUUGAUGACUUGUUAUUCAUGUUCUGAACUCUGUUAUUUUCAUAAAAUUGUCCUUUCCUAAUAUGUUUCUAUGAGGCAUAUGCAUAUAUCGUCAUUCCAUUAUACGAUUGGGAAUCCGACGUAUAUUUUUGUAACCCAUCCUGUUAAUCUUAUUCUUUUGAGUUUACAAUAAAACGAGAGGGUUUCAAUA